AUGCACACUGUCACGGGUCGACUCAUCCUUGUUCAUUGCUGCUCUUGUGGCUUCCCAGGUCAAAUCGAUGCAGUUAGGACCACUGGCCAGGCCAUCAACAACCUCGUUCGCCUUUCCUUCUUCGUUACUGCCCCCAUCUUUGUCAUCCUCGCCAUCAAUGACGCUGCACGGGACACAGAUACAGCCAUGCCCUUCGCCCUUCACGCCAUGUUCACCAGCUUUUCUAUCCUCUCUUGCGUGGCCUUUACUCACUCUGUCCAUGUUCAUGUCAUUCAAGACAAGAUCGUGGCAAACGCCAUUUUGACAAACACAGCCAUCCCUCUCGCCUCCUUCAUCGCCGUUUUCACUACGGGCGCCAUGCUGUUCAGCUAUUCCUCGCAAAUCUUGACUUUGAAGGCCAUGAUUCUCAUAUGGAGAAUCUUUAUGCCCCUUCUGUGCGCGUUCGAGUUAUACGAGUUGAAAAAAGAGCCACAGAGUUUCCACCACCCUUCAAACUGGCAUGGGGGUUUUGAGAGCUUCCAAUCGGUCCUCCACCUCUGCCAGCGAGGACGUCCUGGGUUCUUCUCUGCUUGCCAACACGCGCCUUCACGACAUUGA